UCGACGCUUGCUGCAUCUUGCUUCACGUCGUCCUUGGUGUUUGUCUACCUUCCGUAUAUCCGGUGCAUAUACCACUUACCCUCACAACAUCAAGAUGGUCAAGUCAACUCUCAUAGUCCGAGCCUCUGACGCGCUACCCUUGGCAGCCAGUGUGGAUGAUGAGCAGACAGAACAAUCCCUGCAAGAACACAAGCAGCAGGCAAAACUCGUCUUUAGGCGGAUCACACCCAACUCGGAGCCGCGGUGUUCGAUCGAGAGCGGGCAGUAUACGCUACACUAUCUGAUCGCGGACAAUGUCGUGUACCUUGUCAUCACGGACAAAUCGUAUCCGCGGAAACUCGCCUUCUCCUACCUGGACGAACUCUCAAAGGAGUUUGCAGUGUCAUACGGCGCCAAAGUGGAGGCAGUACGGAAACCGUACGCGUUUGUAGGAUUUGACACGUUCAUGGGCAAAACCGCGCGGUUAUACCAAGACACGCGGACAGCCAACGCAGCCAGCAGCUCGAUGGACAAACUGAAUGGCGAACUGCAAGACGUCACGCGUAUCAUGACCAAAAAUAUGGAAGAGCUGUUGUGGCGAGGGGACUCCCUAGACAGGAUGUCUCACCUAUCGACGUCACUGCGUUCCGAGUCAGAGAAGUAUCGCAAAGCAGCCAGGAAUAUUAACAUCCAAGCGAUGAUUCGGCAGUACGCGCCGAUAAUCGCAAUUGUGUUAUUUUUAAUCAUCUUCCUGUGGUGGAGAUUCUCAUGAUGGUGUUGUCAUCUCUUCUUCAAUCCCGUUUCGUCUCCUUGGCUCUUCUGCUCUUUCUCCUGCGUAUCUCCUUUGUUCUUUUACUUAUUCAUCAAUGUCGCGAUGGACAUUCGCAUCUGGAACAAAUAUAUGCAAGUGGGGACUCCCCCAGAAAACGGUCACCGUGUUGUAGCACAGCCUGUGUGGUUAUUAGCAUGCCACUCACAGCAGCGCUCAAUCAACGCCCACGGGAUCUUUCCGUACAAGUAAGAGAUGGCGCCG